GGUGAAAAUGAAAAUGUAAAAGAAUUACGUGCACAUUCAAGUAUUUUAUGCAUAAGGUCUAAAUAUUUUUGCACAGCAUUUUCCAGAGUAUGGGCCAAUAAAAAAGAUGGAAAUUUUAUUUUUGAAAAACCAAACAUUUGUGGAAAAAUUGAUUUAACAAAAUUGUUGGGCCCCGAAAUAUUAGAGCUUUUGAUGGCAUUAGAUGAACUUAACUUCCAUUCAUUAAUCUCUCAUGUUCAAGAAUACUUGAUUAAUAAUCAAGAUAAAUUUUUGCAACAAAAUCCUAUUGAAAUUCUUGAAGCAGUUUAUCAACAUGAAUCAUUCACAGAUUUAUGGAAUUAUUGUCUUGAGAAGAUUUGUGCGGAACCUGAAAUGUUAUUUAAUUCUGAUAAUUUUAUCAAUUUAAAAGCGCCUUUAUUGAAAUUGAUUUUAAAGCGAGAUGAUUUGGUUUUAGACGAAAUUGAAAUUUGGAAUAAUCUAUUAAAAUGGGGUAUUGCAAAAAAUCCUUCUAUUUCACAAGACAUCACAAAAUGGAGUAAUGAGGAUAUUACAAUUAUUGAAAGGUCUCUUCAUGGAUUUAUUCCAUUAAUAAGAUUUUAUCAUAUUUCAUCUGAUGAUUUUUUUGAUAAAAUAUAUCCUUUAAAAGAAUUACUACCAAAAGAUUUAUUUGAUGAAUUGGUGAAAUUUAAUAUUGCACCAAAUAGGAAACCAAAUAUUGACGAAAUUCAACCUCCUAGAAAACCAAAGUUCAUUCAUGAUUCAACCAUUUAUGAUUCAAUUAUAGUUAAAUGUCAACAUUUUGCUGUUUUUUCUAGUUGGAUUGAUAAGAAAGAAAAUUUACAUUAUAAUGUAAGAAAUAUUCCUUAUAAAUUCAAUUUACUUUAUCGUGCUAGUAGAGAUGGCAAUGCACCCGCAGCAUUUCAUGCUAAAUGUGAUAACAAGGGACCCACCAUAGUCAUAGUAAAAAUCUCAAAUUCAGAAAAAAUAGUUGGAGGGUAUAAUCCACUUUUUUGGAAUUCAAGUAAUCAAAAUAGUUCUACGAACGAUAGUUAUAUAUACUUAUUUACUGAUGGGAAAGAUACAAAAAGUGCAAAAGUUAGUUACAGUAACGGUGAUAAUUAUUCUAUAAGAAAUUUAGCUGUAUAUGGACCGGCAUUUGGUGGAGGCGACUUAAUAGCAUAUCUAGAUGGUAAUAAUUGGUACAGAUGUUCAACAAAUUCUUAUCCUAAAAUUGAUGGUAUUCCAACAGGAUAUUUCAAGGUAGAUGAUUACGAAGUUUUUCAAGUCAUUAAAAAAUAAAUAAAUUCAUAUUCAUUUAGACGGAACUCUUUUAAA